GUGGCACAUCUAAAAACUGCAGGACGUUGGCCCUGGAGGACUGGAGUUUGACACCCCUAAUUUUCAGCCAAUGCUCUUUGACUAACAUUGACACCUAGUGGCAACUAUGUAAACUGCAACAAAAGUGGAGUCAUGGGGAGUUUGUUUUGUGGUCUUGUUGUUUAAAAAAAAAAAGAGUUGUCACUAUGUUACUGUAAUUAUUUGAAAAAAGACUCGAGGUAUCAUUUUAUGUGACGAUGAGCUUUGGGAUGUCUGCAUUAAAUGUGAAAAUAUGCCUGCAUGUAAUGUUUUUUUGUUUUGUUCUUUGCUUGUGGAUAUUUUUCUUUUCCCUCUCACCUGCAUCCAGGUUUAAGUCGUCCGUUUGUGUUUUUCGCUCUUUGCUAAGUUUGAGGGUCUGUAUUUUGGUCAGCAACACAGGAGGUCCCAUGGUUGCGGCGUGGUAUUUUACUUGUGGAAUGGAACGCUCAUCGCUCGGACACGGCACUUAAAGCAUCGCAGGAAUGGAGACAAGAGAUCCUGGAGAUUGGGAGGGAGAGAGUCGUGGCGGGGGGGCAUUUAUACCACUUAGCCCCAGAUUACUCCACCACCCGGCCAUUCGGCGAAGGCAGAAAAAAAAAACUAAUCAAAAGAAAAUGUUUUUUUUGUUUGUUUGUCCAGAGUUUAUCUGUGCAAACAGUGAGGGCAGUGUCCUUCUCAGAAACGGCCCAGAGGGAUGUAGACUGCUAGGGAGGCGGAGAAGAAGGGGUGGGUAUGUACUCUGGAGCUUUUUAUGUUUGACCGCUGCAUCUGCUAGGGUUGUUGCUCCAGGCAGUGGCAGUAUGGCUGAUAUAUUUAUAAAAAGGAAUAAUAUUUUCCGUGUGUCUGUGGACAUUAUCGCAGCGUGGAGUUUCUUUACGGUUUAGGACACCGCAGAAACCGUUUUACCACAGCCUCAGAGUUCCUGUUUCAAAUGUCCCGAUCUGAUGUUACACUGAGGUAACGUUAUUUAUUUAUCUGUUCAUCUGAAUCAGGUGUGUUAAAGCAGGGAAGCAUCUAAAGCAUGCAGGACGGUGUGCCUUAAGGACCAGGGUUGGGAAACACUGCUGUCAUAAAAAAUGAAUACAGGCGCACACUGGCAUCAUGGUUUGGCUCUGCAUUGCCCACACCCGCGGCUGCAUUUCCUGGAACAAGCUGCAACCUGAGCCUUGAGGCUCCCACCAUGGAAUGCUUGUAGAAUCCAGGAUCGCCUCCGUCUGCUCCAUCAGGACUUAGAAACACAGUCAGAGGGAAACGACGCAAGAGGCGGGCUUCUAAAUCUGGGUUUCUGCGCUGAGCUCCUGGAGGCCUUUUAUCUAUUUAGGUCAGCUGGGUGGAGAGGGUCCAGUUGAGCGAGUGCCAGUUGGUGUGCGGUAGUCUCCCCCGAUUUAGAGUAGGUGACUGCCCGGGGGUGGGGGGACACUGAGGCCAUGAGGCCCAAGACGUUCCCAGCUGCCCCGUACGUGGGCAACACACGGCAGAGGCUCCAAGAGAUCAAGGAGGGCCUGAAGCAGCCAGCCAAGCUGGUGAGCCAGGCGCUGCACGGCGGGAACUCCCGGUCCGAGGGGAGCAGGGCGGCCGACUCCAAGAGUGGGAAGGACACGGCCAACCGGCAGCAGCAGCUCCGGCCGCCGCAGAAAUUCAACAACUAUCAGAGCGCCCUGCGAGAAAUCCGCAGGUCCCUUAUGCCGUUCGCCAACGAGUCGGGGGAGGCCGGAGAGGUGAACAGGCAGAUGCUGCAGGAGCUCGUCAACGCUGGCUGCGACCAGGAAAUGGCAGUGCGGGCACUGAAGCAGACUGGAAGCAGGAAUAUUGAAGCGGCCUUGGAGUACAUCAGUAAAAUGGGUUACCUUGACCCUCGCAACGAGCUCAUUGUUCGGGUCAUUAAGCAGACUUCACCGGGAAAAGCCGGCAUGCCGAACGGGAUGGACCACCGUCCCGCUUUAGAGGUUCCGGGUGAGGGCGGCGCCCUGAAUCCAUAUCAUCAAAUGGGGGCUCAGAUGUAUGACGGGGCAGCAGGUUACGGCCCUGAGAGCGACCUGACCAGAGCCUACAUGGGCGCUCCCCCUGUCAUUAACUACAUGAUGCCCCCGUCGAGCACGGCUCAGGGCCCCGCUAUGGGCAACCCAAUGGGCCGGCCUCCCAGCAUGGGCAGCUAUCCUCCGGGGAUGCCCACCCAGAGCAACCCGGGCAGCGCCAUGUACCCACCGGGCGCCCCGCAGAAGGCCUACCCCGGCAGCAUGGAGCAGCACGGGCACAUGAUGAGCUACAACGUCCCUGGUCAGCCGCUGCAGCUCCAGCCGCAGCCACCAGGGGGACCAGUCCCGGGCCCGCACUACGACUACGCUCAUGCCAGGCAGCAUAUGAUGGAACCAGCCGGAUACGGGGUCAAGAGGACCCCGUCCUUCCAGAACAAGAUGCAACCGCCCCCGAUGGGACCUCCAGACAACUACGUCAACAUGCAGGCGAAAGGGGCGAUGUCUCAGAAUGGGACGGCGGGCGGAGGAUACCCGGCCAACCUGUACCUGUCCUCUCACUCCCACCCCCGCCAGGCCAGCCCCACGUCCCACCAGGUCCACAUGAUGUCCCGGUCCCCCGGCGGCGUGCCACCCAUGGGCCCUGAGUUCUCAGACCUGCCUCAGGGUAUGAUGACCCCCUCCAGAGCCAGCCUCAACCUGGACCUGUAUGAGCACCACUGGGCCGGCCCUCCGGGUGCUGACGGGACCCCGGCAGCCAGGCAGCCCCAGCCACAGGGCCCGUUUAGAGGGGAAGUACGGGUUCCCAGCAGAACAAAUUCCUUCAACAGCCGCUCCGCUGCUCCGAACGGCGUUAGACCGACCAUGACUGCGCCCCCGACCGCCGGGAAGCAGGACUCCUCUAUGGGACCUCCAAACACCAUCACAGCUGUGACGUCCCCACCCAUCCAACAGCCAGUCAAGAGCAUCCGCGUGAUGCGACCAGAACCCAAAACGGCGGUGGGUCCGUGCCAUCCUGGCUGGAUGGCGGCUCAGGCGCCGGACGCGGCAGAACCUCUGCCCUACAUGCCAGAGGAGACUUAUCCACUAGAGCCCGCCCAGGAGCAGCGCUGCCCCCCUCCACCUUACCCAAAGAACCUGCUUAUACCCGCGGGGGAGCCGGGGGUUCUGGAAGGAGGCGGCGCUAGCGGGCCAGAUCUCAGCAACGCCACCGCCAGAGGUGGCCGCAGUGGCAGCGGCGGGAGCGGGAAGGCCGAGGAAAGCCAUCAGGUCAAAGAGAAGACGAAGGCGGGCAAGGGAGAGAAAGCGGUGAAAGACAAGAAGCAGAUCCAGACGUCACCCGUUCCCGUCAGAAAGAACGGACAGGACGAGGAGAAGAGAGAGUCGCGCAUCAAAACCUACUCGCCUUUCGCCUUCAAGUUCUACAUGGAGCAGCACAUCGAGAACGUGAUGAAGACCUACCAGCAGAAACUCAACCGGAGGCUGCAGCUGGAACAGGAGAUGUCCAAGGCUGGCCUGUCGGAAGCAGAGCAGGGGCAGAUGAGGAAAAUGCUGAACCAAAAGGAGUCCAACUACAACCGACUACGCCGGGCCAAAAUGGACAAGUCCAUGUUCAUCAAAAUCAAGACUCUCGGCAUCGGCGCCUUCGGUGAAGUGUGCCUUACGCGGAAAGUUGACACCGGUGCACUUUAUGCCAUGAAAACGCUGCGCAAGAAAGAUGUCCUCAACCGCAACCAGGUGGCCCAUGUAAAAGCGGAGCGUGACAUCCUGGCGGAAGCAGACAACGAGUGGGUGGUGCGUCUCUACUACUCCUUCCAGGACCGCGACAGCCUCUACUUUGUCAUGGACUACAUCCCCGGAGGAGACAUGAUGAGCCUCCUCAUCCGGAUGGGGGUCUUCCCCGAACACCUGGCGCGCUUCUACAUAGCCGAGCUGACACUGGCCAUCGAGAGCGUCCACAAGAUGGGUUUCAUCCACCGCGACAUCAAGCCCGACAACAUCCUCAUCGACUUGGACGGUCACAUCAAGCUGACGGACUUCGGCCUCUGCACGGGCUUCCGUUGGACGCACAACUCCAAAUACUACCAGAAAGGGAGUCACAUCAGGCAGGACAGCAUGGAGCCCAGCGACUCCUGGGACGACGUAUCCAACUGUCGCUGUGGCGACCGGCUGAUGACGCUGGAGCAGCGCGCCAACCGGCAGCACCAGCGCUGCCUGGCUCACUCAUUGGUUGGAACCCCAAAUUACAUCGCCCCGGAGGUUCUGCUGCGCAAAGGCUACACUCAGUUGUGUGACUGGUGGAGUGUGGGAGUGAUUCUUUUUGAGAUGCUGGUGGGACAACCACCUUUCCUCGCUCCAACACCUACCGAGACUCAGAUUAAGGUCAUCAACUGGGAGAGCACCCUCCAGGUGCCGCCGCAGGUCAAGCUAAGCCCAGAGUCUGUGGAUAUCAUCGGUCGACUGUGCUGUUCCGCCGAGGAGCGUCUGGGCGCCAACGGCUCCGGUGAGAUCAAGGCCCACCCUUUCUUCUCUGAGGUGGACUUCUCCAGUAACCUGCGCCAACAGCUGGCUCCCUACCGGCCCAAGAUCGCCCACCCCAUGGACACAUCCAACUUUGACCCCGUGGAGGAGGAGGGGGUCCCCGGGGCGUGGAGCGACAGCGGCGACAGCACCCGGGCCCUGGACGUGCUCUGCUCACCGCACGGCAAGCACCCGGAGCACGCCUUCUACGAGUUCACAUUCCGGAGGUUCUUCGACGACCACGGCUGCCCCUUCCGCUACCCGAAGCCCCCCGAGGCCGACGCCUGCCUGAGCGUCCCCGGCGUGGGCCCGGAGGAGGGCGAGGAGACGGAGGAAGAGGAAGAUGACGAAGAGGAAGGAGAGGGAGGGGAGGGAUGUGAGCCGGUGUACGUCUAGAGCCGUUUGCUCCUCACUGCCGCUGGAGGUGUGUGUCGGUGUGGAGAGGCUGAACAUGUCUGUGUAAAGCAGGAGCAGGAUGAGAGGCACAUCGCCCCCUAGUGGGCUGACUGCAAAUCUCCUCCAAUCUGGGACCAACUAACAGCAGAAAGAAAGAAACCAAGAGGAAGCAGACAGGAGUGGAAUAUCAUUAUUAUUAUUAUUGUUAUUAUUCCUGGAGGACCGGUUUUCUGCGUCUGGUUCUCCCAGCGGUUUCCUGUCCCAUUCCUUCCACCGUCGGUCUUACGGAUGAUUGAAACACCUGGAGGACUGCUUCACACUUUACACGCUUUACACUCACGGCGAUGGGACAGGUGGGACCAGUUUACGGACUGACUGCGUCUCCAUCACAGCUUCUGCAAAAUAAGCUAAAAAGACUCGCAUGCACGUCCACGCUUACUCAGUAUAACCCCGGACGUACAGCGCCUCCUCGUCUUGGGUUCAUGAACCUUGACCUUUUUUUCACUUUUUGCCAUGUUGACAAUCACAAACCUCAGUUUAUUAUUGGAUUUUAUGUGAUUGACCAACUGAAAGUAGCACAUAAUUGUGAAGUGGAAUGAAAGAGAUAUUCAAAUGAAAAUCUGAAAAGUGUGGCACACAUUUCUACUCAACCAAUGAGUUGAAACAUUUUUGUUGCAUGCUUACCAGCUGGAGACUUUGCUUGCAAGUAGAGCAGCUGCUGUUAACUAUUUUAUUUAAUUUUUUUUGCCAGAGAUUCUUGAUUGGGCUUACGUCUAGACUUUGACUGGGCCAUUCUAACACAUGAAUAGUAUUUGAUCUAUACCAAUGGUUUAUGUUUGUUUCCCAGGUGAUGUGCACAAAGAAUUUAUUUUGUUUUCAGGUCGUCUACAUGGUUUGUUCCAAACUGAACUCUAGACUUGCCGGUCUUCCACACAGUCAGAAUGUUUGGAUUGCACUAGAUUACAUUUCAGGCGAUCAAGAAUAAAUGGGACUGAAUACAAAUGCACACCACACUUUUUAGAUUAAUUUGCAAAUAAAAAGCGUCCACUUCACAGUUUUGCCCUACUUUGUGUUGGUCUAACACAUAGUAACCAUGGAAGUCUGUGUUGGUAGCGUGACAAAAAAUGUAAAAAGGUGUGAAUACUUUAUUCUGUAUCGGUGUUUUGAUGCCGUCUCUCACAAAGUGUCCGGGACAGGCUGUCCUCAAAAUCACAAAAAGGUGUUCAGUGAAACUAACGUAUUCUUUAGAGUGUUUAGCGCCAUCUAGCGGAUGUAGAUGAACCUGCCUCGUUGUGUGCCAAAUUUAAUUCAGGGAGUCUCCUCCUCCUCCUCCUCCUCUUCCUCCUCCUCCGUGUACGGAGACGUUUAUUCCUGUUCUGUAUUCUGACCGUGUCGAGGUUCAGCUCAGGUCGGUCUUGACUUUGCAUUAGGUUUUAAAAACACAAAAGCAGAUUUUGAUCUAGACUGAAACACUGCAGUGAUGUUUUUAAAAAAAGAAGAAAAAUUCUUCUUUUUUUUAGGUAAAUUUUGUCAGGACUUGUCUCACUACGUUUGACUUUUUCUUUAUUUUUACAAGAAAACACGGGCCUGUUCGUAACUACGUACACUCAGGCUCAUGAGGAUGGACUUAUAACCUGAAGCUCCGAUAUCCAAACACAGUAAAAAUGCACCGAUCAGAGUUUUGUGGCCAAUUUCCGACAUAGUUUUUGUAAAAAUCUAUGUGAAUCUACAUGAAAUCGCAAUAUCUGUCGAUAUUGCGAUUUCUUUUUAAAACUCUUACAUAGGAAAUGUUUUUGAUUUUUUUAUUUGUAGCCUUCCUGUUAUGAGUGAUCUUUAUUUAUACUGCGAGAGAAAGAGAGAGCUGUCACUGAAAACAGAUGUUGUACUGUUUUAAAACCAAAAUUAAGUGAUUACAGUUGUGAUAUUUUUUGAAGUAUUAGCACUUAGCCCUCGAAACCAAAAAGGGCAGCAAAUAUUUCCAAAUCCAGUUUAUUACAGGCCAGAUAAGGUUGAAAGCUUCACGGGAUAAGAACUAAAUGAACCACGAGUCAUAGGAAAUAGUUUCCUUUUUUAAAUGGCUUCUCAUAUCUCCGAAAACAGCGAACUUUGAGUCUUCAUUCAGUAACAACGUCCACACCGAAGAGUGUGGCGACCCUUUAGCACUUGCGUUUCUGCCUACGUGUCCGGUUCUCGACGUCAGAUGUUUUGUAUUCGUAGAUUGAAAACUUUUCACUGGGGGCUGAGGAUAUUGUUACGCCGACUUAAUUCGUCCGUCUGAACACGAAAGAACUAGAAAAUAUCACAAAACAUCCAAAUAUGAACCGAAAACUAAAACAUAAAGGACAUUUGCACAAAGACGAACAGAUGUCCAGCUACUUCGCAAAAAAAGUCAGCCCCCUGCAGUUGUGUUGCAUCUUAGCCGUCCUCCUGUCGUACUUUCGGAGGCGGCCACGAAAAACGAACCAAACAUGUGACAGUGUGACUAUGUGCAAUACAAAAUGACAUGUAUAUAGUUUUCUAAACGCAAAAUACCAUUUCAGAAGUUCAGAAAUGUACAAAUAUAUUGAUUUAUAUAAAUAUAUAAUUGUCUUUUUAUCGGUUGGAAGAUGCUGCUUAUCAUUGUGGUUAAUAUUAUUUACAUGACGUGUUCUGUCUCCUGGUUUUGUUACAGUUUUAAAGAACGAGUGUUUGUGCUCUGAAAGUUUCUAACCCGAGUGUUGUAGCGCGUGUGGCCACUCGACGACGAAGUGGGCGAAUGUGAUGAUGAUGAUGAUGAUGAUGAUGAUGAUGAUGAUGAUGAUGAUGAUGAUGAUGACGACGGUGAUGAUGGUGGUGUGUGUUUGCAGAACAUUGGCGGUGGGGCUUCUGGACUCCUUCGGCCGGGCUGGUCCCGACCGGCGGAGACCGGAGCGGUUCAGAGGAAGACGGAGCCGAAACGUUAGAUGAAAAUGUUUAAUGCAGGUUGGAUUCAGUUAUUUUAUCCUUAAGUUGACUUCUCUAACACACAGAGCUUCAAAGCGUUCUCUGUUAUUUAUCCCGAGACGUUGGCGUCGUCUGUCUUUGUCACAGAGCGGCGCCGCGUUGGAGUCCGAGCUCCGCUUCUCACCAUCUCGCAUCGUUUCGCUGUUUGACAAUCACCAAAUCAGCAAAUGCUCUCUAUUGUGCCGUAACCGAGUUUUUUGGGGGUUUUUUAAUCGGUUGAAACCAAACUACUCCUGAAACGUUCUGACUUCAUUCUCCCUUUUUUUUAAUUUAUUUUUAUUUUUAUUUUAUCAGAAAGUCACAACUGUUUAAGUACUUUCCUGAUUGAUGGUAGCUGUGGGUUUAACAUGGUUCUGCAGAAGAGUGUGUUGGUUUGUUUUUGCUUGACAAUGUUUUGAUUUUAUAUCACUAUUUGUGUAAAUGUGCCUUUUCCUUUUUCCUAUCCUAAGCAACACAAUCUUAAGACUGCCUUGUUUUUUGUAGUUUUUUAAAAAAAAAAUUCUGAAGACUUCUUUUUGUCUCUUGUUUUUGCCGUGGGGAGUCUGACAGAGCAUUCUCUGCUUCACUGUGUUCACAUGCAACAAACAUUCCUCUUCCUCUGAUCCAGAACUAACAAGCCGACCAGCAGAACCCAGAGAAUAUGAGGAGCAAGGACAGAGAAUUAUAAGGACCGAAGUGAACUUUUCCAUCCAAUUCAAUGCAGAUUGCAACACCCAGACUGAAUUGUUGUUCACUUAUUUUUCUUCAUUCUGACUUCAUAUUGCUGCAACCAGACAUGGGUAGGUUAAAAAGUGGGAGACCCAGGCUGAGUUGCUUUAUAAAUUUGUCUUUUGCUUGAUUUUUACAUUUCAUUUAACAGGCCAGCUACACAACAGCAGCUAUAAUCUAAUGUGAAAUAACCGGUUCGUUGUCAUUUUAUGAAAGUGUUUAGCGCUAGUUUGAAGCCGACUUCAUGCAUGUAAACACAGCCAGCAUUGUUGCCAUUUAGCUGCACGACAGGAAGAAAUACAACGCUAACUCAUCAGGAUUAUGUUUGAUAGUGAUCAAAGGCUGGUGCUGCUCUGUCAUUGUUCCCCAGCGCUAUGUGUUGUUCCGUCUUUGUUAACCCGGACUGCCUUCUCUGUGGGCAAAGACGGCUUCAGAAUGAGCGAAUGCCACCAAGUGUGUGUCGUGCUUUCCUGGAUGUGUGUGUUAGAGUUACGACUGACAAUCUUCAACUGACUUUGUUCUCUCAUUUCCUUAAGGCUUUUAUAAACCUUCAGUUUGUAUUUUUUACUCUAAAGCACUUAAGUUUUUUUUCUCUCCUUUGUGUUUGAUACAAUCUUGUUACUCUUAAGAUUUAUAUUUAUACAGAUAUACAUAUUUUUGGUAUCUUCUUAUCCUCUUUUGUCUUUUUUCCCCAGGUUUUGUGCUAAUGUUGAAAGACCAUGAUCGCAGUAUUCAUGGAUACAUGUUGUAAUAUUGACUUUUUUUUUUUUACAUUCAUGUAUGAACUGAAAAUUGUAAAACAAAAAAUACUUUUAAUGUCCUGGUGUGUAAAAUGUAUGUAUAAAUUAAAUUAACCAACUUGAA